UUAUGUCAUUUGAACCAUAUAUAGGUACUGCGUCUUGAUUAUCUUUUUCUCUUUUUCUCCCGGCCCGUAUCGAUCUUCCUUGCAGCUCUGGAAACUGAGCCUAAGGGUAAGAGAUGGGAGAAGAAAUCGAAGGAGGGGCUAUUGUUCCUGAGACCAUACUGAAGAAGAGCAAGAGAAAUGAAGAAUGGGCUUUAGGGAAAAAGCAAGCACUGGAUUUGCAGAAGAAGAAGAAUGCUGAGAAUGGAAAGCUUAUCUUCAAGCGGGCUGAAAAUUAUGCAGCAGAAUAUGUGGAACAUGAGAAAGAGCUAAUCAGAUUGAAGCGAGAGGCCAAGUUGAAAGGAGGUUUCUAUGUUAACCCAGAGGCCAAAUUGUUGUUUAUUAUUCGUAUUCGUGGUAUCAACGCACUGCACCCCAAUACAAGAAAGAUCUUGCAACUUCUCCGACUGAGACAGAUAUUCAAUGGUGUAUUUCUCAAAGUGAACAAAGCAACCAUGAAUAUGUUGCACAAGGUUGAGCCUUUCAUUACUUAUGGGUACCCUAAUCUGAAAAGUGUGAGAGAACUGAUAUACAAGAGGGGCUAUGGAAAACUGAACAAGCAGCGAAUUGCUUUGACUGAAAAUUCAAUCGUCGAACAGGCCCUGGGCAUCCAUGAGAUCAUGACAGUGGGACCCCAUUUCAAGGAGGCCAACAAUUUCUUAUGGCCAUUUAAGCUCAGUGCUCCAUUGGAUGGUUUGAAGAAGAAGAGAAACCAUUAUGUGGAAGGUGGAGAUGCUGGGAAUCGUGAGGAUUACAUCAAUGAGCUCAUUAGGAGGAUGAACUAGAGUCAUCAAUUUUCAGAAUUUUGGAUAUUAUUCACUAGGUGGAGAUGCCGGGAAUCGGGAGGAAUACAUCCAUGAGCUCAUUAGGAGGAUGAACUAGAGGACUGAUCUUUCCAGAUUUUGAGAUAGUGCUCACU